AUUUUCCAAUCACGUCAGACGUCACUACACAUUCCAUGCGAAUUUAUAAAUAUACACACAUGGUAAUGUCAAGGUCAAGUAUGUCAAUUUUUCCGAAAGUAAUGCAGACACACGCUUGUUUAUGUAGCCGACUAUAAAUUGAUUGACUAUGGCUCAGAUAGGUGUGAGAAGGUUUCGUGAUUUAAGAAGAUUAGAGAAAUGUGGAAAACAGCUUUUAACCAGAACAUCCAGAUUAAAACCAAAAGAUCAACAUCAUAAUCUGUUACCAUGCAGAACAGUGAGUGGGAGCAACCAGUACAGAAAUAGAUCCCAUACCAUGAAGAGUGUGACGCCUACACACAACAAAAAAGUGCAGCUAGUAAUUUUUGAUAAAGAUGGUACUCUUAUAUGCUUCCAUUCCAUGUGGGCCCCUUGGUCCAGAAAAUUGGCUGCAAAGUUGGAAAGUGCAACAGGGUUAAAGAUAGAAGAUAAAAUAUUUGAAACACUAGGAUUUUGUUCUGAAACUGAGACAAUCCAACCAGGGCUCCUAGCAGAGGCAACAACAUCUAUUAUCAAAGAUGAACUAGCUAAAAUGUUGAUAAAUGAAGGUGUUGAUGAGGAUGAGGCAAGAGGAAUUCUUGACCAAAACUGGGAGGAAGGAGAAAAUAAAAAUCCAAAACAUUUAAAAUCUGUCGGUGACUUAAAGACAUUGUUUGAAAUAUUAAAAAAAAAUGAUAUUAAAAUUGCUGUUUGCACUGCAGACAAUAGGGAAGGAUCUUUGGCUGGUCUUGCAGAGCUUGGACUAAAAGAUUACAUUGAUGUUCUUAUAUGUGGGGACGAUCCCCAUACUGAGGCAAAACCUGCUCCACAUAAUGCAUGGAAGAUUUGUAAAGAAUUGGGAGUUGAUCCAAAACAGACUGUAAUGGUUGGAGAUACACAAACAGACAUAUUGAUGUCUAAACGGGCAAACUUAGGUUUAACUGUUGGUGUUCUAAGUGGCGUCGGAGGCACUAGUGAUUUAUUACCGGGAGCUGAUCAUGUUAUUACAGACAUUCAGGAUCUACUUCCUUUAGUUAUGCCAUAUGAAGAUUGGAAAGAUUGCUAUAUUUACACAACAGACGAGAGAGUACUUGUAGAGCCCCAUCAUUAUGACGAACAAAUUACUAAGAAAGUACCUACAAGUGGCAAAAGAAAGUUCUCCCUGGUGGUGUUUGACUUUCAUGGUACACUCAUCUGCCUUCAUACCAAGUCAUCUAAAUGGACCAAAGCCAUUUGUAAAAGAUUUGAAGAGAAAACUGGUUUAAACAUUGGACCACUCAUUGCAGACACACUUGGGUAUUGUGAAAUGACGAAGAAAGUGUCUGAAGGUGUAUUGUCAGAGGGAACUUGGCAUGAAAUUAAGAAGUCAAUGGUGGAUGUCGUGAGAAAGCAAGGAAUUCCAUAUCAAGAAGCUGUUAUCCUCACAAACCAAGUUAUAAAAGAAUGUGAACAUAUUUGGUAUCAGGACUCAAAAACUCUCAACAAAGAUAUCAAAGAAUUUUUUCAACUUUUGAAAAAUGCUGGUAUGAAAAUCGCUGUAUCAGCUGCAGACGAAAGAGAUAAUGUCUUCAAAGAAUUCCAAAACUUAGGGGUUAUGAAUUAUAUAGAUUUCCUUCUAUGUGAUGGUGAUCCUCAUGCUAUUACUCCGCUUGGUAGACAUAAUAUUGAGUUUAUUUGUGAGCAAUUAGAUAUUGAUCCUUCUGAAACCGUUCUGGUUGGCGAUGCCACAGCAGAUUUUAUAAAUGUGGACACUACAAAAUGUAUAGGUGUUUUAACUGGGGUUGCAUCAAAGCAACAGUUAGAAGAUCAUACUGAUGUUGUCGUAGAAUCUGUUGAUGACGUACUUGACCACGUCAUUGGUACAUCACCGUCUCUCCCUCCACCAUCACCUAGGCAACCAUCACAUCAAUCUGCUCCAAUCUCUAUGGCUGGUGGGCCUUUUUCUACAAUCAAAAGAUCAUUUUCUACCAGAUCAUCCAGACAUUACAGUACAAAAUCCGAUAUAAGUAGUGUUCACGAUUAUGUUAUCGUAGGUGCUGGGUCUGCUGGCUGUGUUUUAGCCAAUCGAUUGUCAGCUAAUGAAGAGAACAAAGUAUUGGUUCUGGAAGCUGGACCAAAAGAUUACACAUGGAAAAUACACAUGCCUGCAGCACUGAUGUAUAACCUGUGUGAUGAUAAUUAUAAUUGGUACUAUCAUACAGAGCCAGAAAAGGGAAUGAAUGAUCGUGUAAUGUACUGGCCAAGGGGAAGAGUAUGGGGAGGUUCAUCCUCAUUAAAUGCCAUGGUAUAUAUCAGGGGGAAUGCAUUAGAUUAUGAUGGUUGGGAAAAAUUAGGUGCUUCCUCUUGGUCUUAUGCCGACUGUCUACCAUAUUUCAGGAAAGCUCAGUGUCAUGAAUUGGGGGAAAACGACUACAGAGGGGGCAGUGGUCCUUUAAAUGUGUCUAGAGGAAAGAACAAAAAUCCACUUUUCCAAGCUUUUAUAGAUGCUGGGGUAGAAGCUGGUUACCCUUUCACUGAUGAUAUGAAUGGGUACCAGCAGGAAGGACUUGGAUGGAUGGAUAUGACAAUUCAUAAAGGAUUACGUUGGAGUGCAGCAUCAGCAUAUCUACGUCCUGCAAAUAAACGAAAUAAUUUGACAGCAGAAGUUAAAGCAUUAACCAAUAGAAUUAUUUUUGACAAUAAUCGUGCAGUAGGGGUGGAAUAUGAACAAGGUGGUGUUUUGAAAAGAGCAAUGGCAAACAAGGAAGUGAUAUUAAGUGGCGGAGCGAUAAAUUCACCACAGCUUUUGAUGUUAUCUGGUAUAGGAAAUGCAGAUGACUUAAAGAAACUGAACAUACCAGUGGUCCAGAAUCUACCUGGCGUUGGAGAAAACUUACAGGAUCAUUUAGAAGUCUAUGUACAAUAUGAACUAACUCAGCCUUUAUCGUUAUAUAAAGCACAAUGGAAAUUUCCUCACAACAUGAUCCGCAUAGGUCUACAGUGGUUCGCAACACAAAAAGGAGAUGGUGCAUCAGCACAUUUAGAGUCAGGAGGAUUUAUAAGAAGUAGACCAGGAGUAGAGUUUCCAGAUAUUCAAUUUCAUUUCUUACCUUCUACAGUCAACGACCAUGGAAGGAAAAUGGGGGACAGACAUGCAUGUCAGGUUCAUGUAGGAACAUUAAGACCAACAAGUCGAGGUCACAUAAAACUAAAAAGUAAUAAUCCAAGAGAUCACCCAAAACUUGUUGCUAAUUAUAUGUCAACACCAGAAGAUAUUGAAGAUAUGAGAAAUAGUGUAAGAUUGGCUAGGGAAAUAUUCCAACAGAAAGCUUUUGAACCAUAUGUAGGACCAGAGCUAAAUCCAGGAUCAAAAGUUCAGACAGACGCUGAAAUAGAUGAGUAUGUGCGUAGAAUGGGAGAUAGUGCAUAUCAUCCAUCAUGUACCUGUAAAAUGGGAUCACCUUCAGAUUCAAUGACAGUGGUUGAUCCAGAAACCAAAGUUCUAGGUAUAGAAGGAUUAAGAGUUGUAGAUGCUUCUAUAAUGCCUGCAAUGGUUAGUGGAAAUUUAAAUGGACCAACAAUUAUGGUUGCUGAGAAAGCAGCAGACAUUAUCCUAGGGAACAAACCUUUACAAAAAUCUAAUGCUCCAGUGUAUCGACCGAAAACUUUAGAAACACAACGGUGAAAAUGUUUCAAAAGUUUUCAUUAAUCUACAUGUUGUAUGAAAGACUUUUAAGGUUGAAUAAAAGUCCCUAUAUAGCACUCACUAAUGUGACAUUUAGAUGAAUACAAGUGGUUUAUCACUAGUGCUUAUGAACAAAUGGCCAAUACAGUUAUUAACUUAUUUUUGUUAUGCCUCUGAACAAAUGGCAUAUAAAAACUAUGUAACCCUUGUUAUGCCUAGACAUUUAUUAAUUUAUAUUACAUUUUGUCAACUAUGAUGUUUUACAUUUGAAGUAUAAGGCCUAAAUUAAUAUUUUGUUUGUUUCCCCAAUCCCGCCCCUGCCAAGUGGGUAGGUAGGUAGGGGAAUAAUUUUAUUUUAUCCAAAAAGCUUGAACAAUAUUGAACGGAUGCAGCAAGCCUGAAAAUCAGAAAGGAAUAAAAUAAUUUUCUACUUAGAUUUGACAAUAAAAUUUUAUGAGUAGCACAGUUUUUGCAGGGUCGAUUGGGAUUGGGGAAACAAACAAUAUUUUAUUUUAGGCCUAACUUGCAUUUUUUUUCCCCUGAUAAACUGCAUUUUAAGAAUUACAGGCAUUGUCUGUAAAUUGUAUAAAUUUUGUUGUAUAAUGAUGACAAUAAUGACUUAAAGAUCACAUUUGCAAGUCAAUCCAUAUGAACAACUUUCUACUUAAUUUUGCCAGUGUAUGACAGAGUACACCUCACCUUUCAUAUAUAUUUUAGGCAUAAACGGCAGUAAGGCAGGGGUAUUUUAUGUUGUAUCAACAUCUAUUAGUAUGUUAUGUUAAUGCUUAGUUGAGAAACUUGUUUAAUGUUAAUGUUUAAUUAAGAAACUUGUUUAACAAGUACCGUAAAUAUUUAUGUCUUAGUUUGUUACAAGUUUUUAGAUGGAUAUAGUAUUGUAAUAAUGUACAGUAGUAGCUCCAUGCGUCAAAUAGCUUCCCUAUUUAUUUUCUAACAUUGUUUGGAAUUUGUAAUAGUAAACCAAUUGUUCUAAUGAUUCAAAUCAAUGACAUUGUACUGGAUAAUCUGAUAUUAGUUUCAUAAAUAAAUGCUUUUAAAUUGUUCCGAUUUUAUACAAAACAUGUUGACUUGUACUUUUAGUCUUUCUCAAUUUAUUAAAGGGCAAUAACUCUGCAAUGCAGUACAAUUGCUAAAAAAUUCAAAUAUUGUACCACAAAUUGGUAAUAAACACUUACUUGAAGACAUUUUCUUGAAUUAUUAUUAAAAAUUACAAAAAAUAGUGAACCUAUUCUCUUUUGAAAUUUUAUACCUUGUUGAUGCUUGAAGACAAUUAUUAGAAAGUAUAAGAAUAGGAGAACAAUGAAAUUUAAAAUAGCACAAAAAAUAUGCUAAAACCGUCCAUUAAACAUUACAUAUAUAUAAAGGAUAUAUGAAAUCCAACAAUUUUGAGACAUGAAAUUUUGUGAUUAUAUGUAUCUCAACAUAUUUAUUUUUUUGUGUAAAAUGUAUGUAAAAGUAUGGCAAUUUAUUUUACUGUGAUAUAUUAUUUCAUAGUGAAGAUAUGACAAUCAUGAAUGGCGCUCUCAAAUCUCCAAAUAACACAUCAAUUAAAGAUAAAAAGCCAUACAAACAGAGUAACAUUUAUUUUGUUGGAGGAUUCCUCAGAGUUGUUUUAUCUUUACAAAGCUAUACUGUAACUUAUAAAAUAUUAAAAUUGUUUCUUUAACAGUUCAUGCAUUGAAAUAUAUACCACUAGACAAACAAAACUCGAUCUUUCACUUGAACAGAUGAAAUGCCUUUAAAAUGCAGAAGACAUUUAUAAAAUAUAAAGAGUUGUUUUUAUUUUUUAGUUGUUUCAUUGUAUAUGGUUAGAAAUAGAAGAGUUAAUAUUAUUUGUAUUGUUUAAAGAAUGUUUCUAAAUGAUCAAUGUUUUUGUUUUCACGUGAUGAGAUAACAGGGUAUUGUUGCUUUUGUAUUUAAAAUUUGUACACUUUUCAAGAAUAAGUGACAACACAAAUGUGCAAUGGAAGGAAUCAAUACUUAAUUUAAUAAAUAUAGAACUAUGUUA